AGCAGGAUGACGAGCCACGAGGACGGGGACGGAGGGGAAGAUCAGCUGCUCGCAGGCUCUCGCAGGCUCUGGCAGGCUCUUGCCAGACCCUCCGAGGCCUCCCUGAAUCCCUCCAGCCCUUAAUCAAUGGCCAGUGUCUGGAAUGCGAGCAGCUCUAUACCUCCGUGCUCCGGCACGAACCUCUUUACACCUCGACUGCCGCGGGCUGCCCGGGAAACCAACGCGAUCAACUCCCGCCGCCUCGAAACCCAACCAACCCAUGGCCAGAAUCCCUCAGAUCGGGCGCCCAAUCGUCGCGCAUCCGGCCAACAACAUUCCAUCCGCGAUUAUUCUGGUUACUGCCUUGUUCCACUCUCCUUCGUCACGCACCCCGUCCUGCAAUAUCCGUGCGCUCGACUCGACCAGAACCGACCACGUUCGGACGUCCACAGUAAUUAACAGCCACUCCUACGCUCCGUCGACGAGGUACUCGGUAUCUAUGUACUCUGUACUCCGUGCUGCGUAUGUAUUCCAGGCCUGGAUGCCGGAGCAGUAAUGCCUGAAUCGACCCAUGGGGGGCUAGUCUACGCGUCACAGGGUGGGCCACAAA